GGGAAAGCGGGAGGGGCGGGAAAGGGGCGGCCGGAACAUGGCGGACCAAAUCCCGCUGUACCCGGUGCGUAGCGCCGCGGCGGCCGCAGCCAACCGCAAACGCGCGGCCUACUACAGCGCCUCAGGGCCCGGGCCGGGAGCCGACCGGCACAGCAGGUACCAGCUGGAGGAUGAGUCUGCGCAUUUGGAUGAAAUGCCACUAAUGAUGUCUGAAGAAGGUUUUGAGAAUGAGGAAAGUGAUUACCAUACCUUACCACGGGCCAGGAUAAUGCAAAGGAAAAGAGGACUGGAGUGGUUUGUCUGUGAUGGCUGGAAGUUCCUCUGUACCAGUUGCUGUGAUUGGCUGAUAAAUAUUUGUCAAAGAAAGAAAGAACUGAAAGCUCGCACAGUAUGGCUUGGAUGUCCUGAAAAGUGUGAAGAAAAACAUCCCAGGAAUUCUAUAAAAAAUCAAAAAUACAAUGUGUUUACCUUUAUACCUGGGGUUUUGUAUGAACAAUUCAAGUUUUUCUUGAAUCUCUAUUUUCUGGUAAUAUCCUGCUCACAGUUUGUGCCAGCAUUGAAAAUAGGCUAUCUCUACACCUACUGGGCUCCUCUGGGAUUUGUCUUGGCUGUGACUAUGACACGGGAAGCAAUCGAUGAAUUUCGGCGUUUUCAGCGUGACAAGGAGGUGAAUUCACAGCUAUAUAGCAAGCUUACAGUAAGAGGUAAAGUGCAAGUUAAGAGUUCAGACAUACAAGUUGGAGACCUCAUCAUAGUGGAAAAGAAUCAAAGAAUUCCAUCGGACAUGGUGUUUCUUAGAACUUCAGAAAAAGCAGGUUCGUGUUUUAUUCGAACUGAUCAACUAGAUGGUGAAACUGACUGGAAGCUGAAGGUGGCAGUGAGCUGCACGCAACGGCUGCCGGCUCUGGGGGACCUGUUUUCUAUCAAUGCUUAUGUUUAUGCUCAGAAACCACAAAUGGACAUUCACAGUUUUGAAGGCACAUUUACCAGGGAAGACAGUGACCCGCCCAUUCAUGAAAGUCUCAGCAUAGAAAAUACAUUGUGGGCAAGCACCAUUGUUGCAUCGGGUACUGUAAUAGGUGUUGUCAUUUAUACUGGAAAAGAGACUCGAAGUGUAAUGAACACAUCCAAUCCAAAAAAUAAGGUUGGUUUGUUGGACCUUGAACUCAAUCGGCUGACGAAAGCACUAUUUUUGGCUUUAGUUGCUCUUUCUGUUGUCAUGGUAACCUUACAAGGAUUUGUGGGUCCAUGGUACCGCAAUCUUUUUCGGUUCCUUCUCCUCUUUUCUUACAUCAUUCCCAUAAGUUUGCGUGUGAACUUGGACAUGGGCAAAGCGGUGUAUGGAUGGAUGAUGAUGAAAGACGAGAACAUCCCUGGCACAGUCGUUCGGACCAGCACUAUCCCAGAGGAACUUGGGCGCCUAGUGUAUUUACUGACAGACAAAACAGGAACCCUCACCCAGAAUGAAAUGAUAUUUAAGCGGCUCCACCUGGGCACCGUGUCCUAUGGAGCCGACACAAUGGAUGAGAUCCAAAGCCAUGUCAGGGACUCCUACUCACAGAUGCAGUCUCAAGCUGGUGGAAACAAUACUGGUUCAACUCCACCAAGAAAAGCCCAAUCUUCAGCUCCCAAAGUUAGGAAAAGUGUCAGCAGUCGAAUCCAUGAAGCCGUGAAAGCCAUCGUGCUGUGUCACAACGUGACCCCUGUGUAUGAGUCUCGGGCCGGCGUUACUGGGGAGACUGAGUUCGCAGAGGCUGACCAAGACUUCAGUGAUGAGAACCGCACCUACCAGGCUUCCAGCCCCGAUGAGGUCGCUCUGGUGCAGUGGACAGAGAGUGUGGGCCUCACGCUGGUGAGCAGGGACCUCACCUCCAUGCAGCUGAAGACCCCCAGCGGCCAGGUCCUCAGCUUCUGCAUCCUGCAGCUGUUCCCCUUCACCUCGGAGAGCAAGCGGAUGGGCAUCAUCGUCAGGGACGAAUCCACGGCAGAAAUCACAUUUUACAUGAAGGGCGCCGAUGUGGCCAUGUCUCCUAUUGUGCAGUAUAACGACUGGCUGGAAGAGGAGUGUGGAAACAUGGCUCGCGAAGGACUGCGGACCCUCGUGGUUGCAAAGAAGGCGUUGACAGAGGAGCAGUACCAGGACUUUGAGAGCCGAUACACUCAGGCCAAGCUAAGCAUGCACGACAGGUCCCUCAAGGUGGCCGCGGUAGUUGAGAGCCUGGAGAGGGAGCUGGAACUGCUGUGCCUCACCGGUGUGGAGGACCAGCUGCAGGCAGACGUGCGGCCCACGCUGGAGAUGCUGCGCAACGCCGGGAUCAAGAUAUGGAUGCUAACAGGCGAUAAACUCGAGACAGCUACUUGUAUUGCCAAAAGUUCACAUCUGGUGUCUAGAACACAAGAUAUUCACAUUUUCAGACAGGUAACCAGUCGGGGAGAGGCACAUUUGGAGCUGAAUGCAUUUCGAAGGAAGCAUGAUUGUGCACUGGUCAUAUCUGGGGACUCUCUGGAGGUUUGUCUAAAGUACUACGAGCAUGAAUUUGUGGAGCUGGCCUGCCAGUGCCCCGCCGUGGUGUGCUGCCGCUGCUCGCCCACACAGAAGGCCCACAUCGUGACACUGCUGCAGCAGCACACGGGGAGACGCACCUGCGCCAUUGGUGAUGGAGGAAAUGAUGUCAGCAUGAUUCAGGCAGCAGACUGUGGGAUUGGGAUUGAGGGAAAGGAGGGGAAGCAGGCCUCGCUGGCUGCCGACUUCUCCAUCAGGCAGUUCCGGCACAUUGGCAGGCUGCUCAUGGUGCACGGACGGAACAGCUACAAGAGGUCGGCGGCACUCGGCCAGUUCGUCAUGCACAGGGGCCUUAUCAUCUCCACCAUGCAGGCUGUGUUUUCCUCAGUCUUCUACUUCGCAUCCGUCCCGUUGUAUCAGGGCUUCCUCAUGGUGGGGUACGCCACCGUAUACACCAUGUUCCCGGUGUUCUCCUUAGUGCUGGACCAGGACGUGAAGCCAGAGAUGGCGAUGCUCUACCCGGAGCUGUACAAGGACCUCACCAAGGUAUGGGCCUCAGGCAGGCUGUCUGCCUCAAGACUGGCACUCACGCCUGGCAUUUUACACGAGUGAUAAACAGGCCAGUCAGGAGGCAUUUCCAAGCAUUUUGUGAAAAACGAUUCUUUGUCCUUCAAGACGUUUUUUAUGUCUCCUAAUUAGUUUUGGCAUUUUCUCUUUGAGUUAAACUUCAAAAGGGGAAAAACAUCUCAGGGAAAAAAAUUUCUCAAAUGUUUGCAACAAAGCUCUAAUAUCAUAUAUAAAAUUAGAAUUGUAAAAGAUGCUCUCACCAUUUGUGGAACUUUUAUGAAGUGAGCUCACCAAAUGUCAGAGAAGAGUUCGCUUCGUAAUUUCUGUAGAAAGGCUCCCCGGACAGUGUCACUGCACCUGCUGCAGAAGUAGCAUUCCAAAGCUGGGGAACCCGUGGGUUUCACGUUUCCUGUGUAUUUCCAAGUCUGUCAAUAGUUGUGGAUUUCACAAUUAUAUCUGAAAGUGACUGACAACAUGCGUCUUUCCCUGGGGUCCGUAGACUAUUUUUGCAGUGAUGCCACCAAGAAAAAAAUCCACCCCAGGAAACUUCAGUCACCUGAAACUCUGUGAAAGAUGCAUUUAUUUGGCUCAAAACUGUGCUCUGUUAGGAUUAAAGGAGGCUUUGAAGUUAUCAUAUUCUUUACCACAGCAUAUUUUAUAGCAUAGAAUGUGUAAGGAUGCAGGGUAGAAGAGAGGGUCAGCUCUGCAGACACAAAUCAUGGUAACUCUGGUAUUUUCCACAAAGCUAGCUUUUUUGAGCCAACAUUGAGAACAAAAUUCACUAACCUGCAAUUAAAUUUAGAUUUACAAUUGAUAAAUGACAGGUGUCUGAAAUUAUCAACUCAGAUUUUAAAAGCAGUAGCUGUAUGGUAAAGAAAGAAUUAGAUUAGGCAUUAAAGAAAGUUAAUGACUACCUAACAAACAGAUUCUAGUCCAGCUAACCACCAAUUAACCAACUACAUUCUUACCUAGCUAACCACAAACUGAGAAACUAGACUCCUGUCUAUCUAACUAGUAACUAACAAAUGAUACUCUAUCUAAUAACAGCUAACCACUAACAAACUAGACUCUUAUCCAGCUAACCACUGACUGACGAACUAGACUCUAGUCCAGCUAUAACCACUCAUUAGCCAGAGAGGUGCUGGGGAAGUCAUGUUAACUUUUUGAUUUCUUGAUGUUAUUGUAAGGGUCUAAUGAAAUAAAGACUUUAAAGUUUCUUGGGAAAAAAAAAUUCUCAUUACUGUUUUAAUCAAGACAAAUAAAGCUAGUUCACCAGUAUCACAUGAAAUACAAAUAUCAAGUAUUAUUAUCAUGAUGGUGAUAUCAUCGUGGUGACUGGGAAACCUCAUCCCAGGUCACAUCUACAACUAGAAGGAAGACUGGUUAAGUAUCUUAAACUGAUGAAACCAUUGUGACAAAGUCCAGCAC